UAACUUCAUCUUCUUAUCUCAAACAAGUGAGAAAAAGGCUUGACCUACCUCCGCUUCUUCCGCUCUUCGUGUUCGCUACCGCUGUCUGCGUUCCCAAUUUCCGCUGCGCAGAACUGCGAUAUAUCUCUGCAACAAUGCUAUUUGUUUACUUCCGGAAUUAAGAGCUCGUUUGGCGGCAUGGGAACUUGCUGAACCCUUUCUUAAACGGGCACGCAGCAUGGCGGAGCAGGCGUGUUCAGACGUCAAGGACAGUCGUAGAUACAGGGCCUGUGUAACAGCGAGUCCACCUACUCGGCAUGCCAUGACACUGAGGCUGGCACAAUUGGCGCUAGCUACGCUCGGCGUGCUUCUGCUUGUGUUGGCGCCCAUGCCCGCGCUCUCAUCAGUUGCUGACGGGAAUUCGCUGGGCGACAUGGCGGCGGGCUGCGGGGCACUACCUUGGGCAGGCGGUGUGGACCCGUGCGACGACGGCGCGUUUGGCAACACGAGCACCUUCGCGUACGUCGAUUGCGACAACUUCAACGUCGUCACCCUUGAUUUGAGUGGCCAGAUGCUGACUGGAUGCCAGUUCCCAUCCACCUGGAGCACUUCCCCCGGGCUGUCGUUCCUGAAGACGGUUCGCGUCAACAACGCCACGGGCCUAGCGCUAACGCAGGAUGUGGCCCUGCCCAGCAUUGAAACUCUGGAGUUCAUUGGCGCACAAGGAAUAGCCCCUAGCGCCUUCGUCAACCUGGCGGCCAUGACUGGUCUGAAGACGCUGCGAGUGAUAGACUACCCGUUCUUUGGGCCGAUUCCUUCGGGCCUCGGCGCGCUGGUCCAGCUGACGGAGGUGCGGCUCAGCGGCACGAAUCUGGCCGGGCCGAUCCCCAGCGACUUUGCCAGCCUCACCAACCUGGCCAUCCUGGACUUGAGCUACAGCCCAGGCAUGUGCGGCCCCGUGCCGACCGGCCUGGCGGCCUGCACGCUGCUCGACACCAAUGGCACAUACAUAGAUCAAUACUGCCCCACCGGAGGCAACCGGAACAUACGGAAGCCUGGCGGCGCACGCCACGGCAUGCGGCGGUGGCGGCGCGUCAUCGCCCCCUCCACCCAGCCCAGCCCCCCCGUCGCCGCCUCCUCCUACCCCUCGCCGCCGCCCGCGCUGCCCUGGGAGCGGCAGCUUGACACCCUGCCGGAGCGGCCGCUGCAGCGCGCCGGCCGCCCGCUGACGGUGCUGCUGCGCACCCACCGCGCCUUCAACGUCUCCACCAACCAGGCCUGGAGGGCGGCGCUGUUGCCGCCCGGCGCCAGCGCGGCGCCGGUGCCCGCAGGCGAGCUGUCGCCGUGGCGCUACUACAACAACGAGUACCAGUGGCGGGCUGUGGUGCCCAGCAGCCAGCUGCAGAGGGCCGGCAACUACACGCUGUACGUGUACGCAACCAUCGCUGGGACCGCCGCCACGCUCAACGUCUCGCGCAACGGCAGCCUGGUCGCCAUCUGGCCCGGCCCGCCCGCCGCCGGCGGCAGCACGCUGUCGCUCACGUCGCUCGCGCCCGGCAACACCACCGCCGUCGGCGACGCGCUGGCGGUGGACGUGCGCCUGGUGGACGCCUUUGGCAACCCCGCCGUGGCCGCCGCCAACGUCACGCGUGGCGCUGUCCGGCCCCGCCUCACGCCGCACUGUGGCGAGCUGCUGACGGCGGUACUCCACGUGUCGGGCGCGGCCGCCGCCACCGUGACCGUCGCCGUGGCCGCCGUGUCGCCGGCGGCCGUCGCGUACGGCGCCUCCAUCGGCGCCGCCACCGUACAGCUGUACGGCGCCGGCAGCAGCACCAGUAGCAACAGCAGCAGUGGCGUGUCGCUGGCGCCGGGGCUGCUGCUGACCGGCCUGUCCGAGGUGUCCAACCGCCUGGCGCUGCCGGUGGUGCGCCCCUCUGGCGUGGCCUUUGGCGGCAACCCGGGCCUGCUCGCCGUCGUGUCGCUGGUGGGGCCACGGCCCGGCAGCGGCGGUGCGGCGGUUGUGACCACAACCACCUUCAACGGCAGCUGGUCGUACGGCAACCGCUCCUACGUGGCAUUCUUCAGGGCGCCGUCGCCGGGCCUGUACGACGUGACCGUGUCGCUGACGCACCCCGCCAUGUCCGCCGCAACGGCCUCGGUAGCGGUGGUGUUCAACGCCACGCAGCCGCCGCUGGCGGUCACCGGCUCGCUGACGCUGUCGGUUCUCAACGCCAGCCGCGUCGGCGACUGGGCCUACCUCACCGCCGCCCUCAAUGACGUGGCGGGCCGCCCCGCGCUGUCCACCUCGGGCGUCGCGCUCACGGCGCGCGGCAGCGCCAGCGGCUCACUGGACCUGGCGCUGACGCCCGCAGGCAGCGCCUGGCGCGCACGAUACAACUUCACGCAGCAGGAGUCGGUGGCGUUCACACUGACAGUGGCUGGCGCCGUGGCCGGCACCGCCGCCGUGUCCGUGCUGGGCGUGGCGCCCUCCUACCUGUCCCUGCCGGCCUCGCUGGCGGGGGCGCGAAUGAUCAACGUGCUCAGCGCCUCAGCCGCCCCCGCCUCCUCCUCCUCCACCUCCUCUUCCAGCAACACCAGCAGCAGUGGCCUGCUGGGCACGGACGUGACCACGGGGCUGACGUCAGCGGCGAUUGCCACCGGCGCGGCGCUGGUGGUGCCGCUGGCGCAGGCGGUGUCGGUGGAGGUGCCCGUGCUGACGGCGCUGGGUGGCCGCUGGCUGAGUGACCCCGGGCUGUCGGUGGUGCUGUCGCUGGUGCCCUCGGCGCUGCUGGAAGACGUGUCCAGCACCUACGCCGCAGCGCUGCAGGGCAGCCUGCGCCGCCUGCUGCGCGCGGCGGGCGAGCUUGACGCGGCCGCCUGGGAGCGCGGCGACGACGAGGAGGCCGGUGCGAGCGACCUGCGGCGGCGCGGCCUGCAGUCGGGCGGUGGCGCCACCUACUACGACGUGUCGGCCUGGAACUCCAGCGCCGCGUCCUUUUACGGCAGCGUGUACAGCCACGCGUAUGACUACCCCACCUACACCGGCGAGUUUGCGGCCGACAACGCGGCGGGCGCCGGAGUGGACCUGGGAGCCUACGCCUGGGACCCGGCCUCCGAGCCGCGCGACCCAUGGCCGGUGGCCGCGGCCGGCGGCGCCGCCCCCGCGCCGCCCCUGAACGCCGACUCGCCCGAGGCCGUGUCAGCCAUCCAGGACCAGCUGGCGGCCACGCCCGGCGUGCUCACCUUCAAGGGCAACUUCUCUACCUUCAAGUCUGCCUACCUGCUGUCGCUGUGGCUGCCCGCCUCCGACACCUACACCGCGCUGCUGUCGGUGCGCCACCCCGCCGCGGCCGGCUCGCUGCGCCUCAGCCGCUUCCUGCUCACCGGCAUGGACAUGUCCGCCCUGGCCUCCGCGGCCAACGCCAGCCAGUGGGACCCGGCGGUGAACCCGCUGGUGACGCUCAAUGUGGAGUACCCCGGCCUGGCCUCGGCCGCCGCCUACCCCGGCGGCGUCACGGCGCUGCUGGCGGACGUGCGGCAGCUGCUGGCGGGCCGCGCCGGCCUGGCCUCGCGCGACAACCUGGUGGUGUGGAGCCUGGGCGCGGGCGCGGCCGGCACCGGCGUCAAGCUGGUCAUGCAGAUCUGGUUUGACUCCAACUGGGCCAGCGUGAGCAGCGGCUUCGCGGCCAUGUCGGCGCUCCAGUUCUUCUACCUGCGCCUCACCUCACUGCCCGGCCCCCUGCUUACCGACACGGCCGCCUACCCAGCGCUGCCGGCCACAAGCGUGGCCGCCAGCAACGUGUCGCUCAGCGAGCCCUUCGCCUCCCUGCUGCUCGGCUCUUCGGAUGCCGUGAACGCUGACGGCAGCACCGCCGGCGCCGCGGCGCCGCUGACCAUCCUGCCCAUCAGUCUGAGUGACGCGAGCACGGUCACGACCGCAAGCGUGCUGGCGGCGGCGGCGGCCUCCGGCGACCCCGCCCUGGCGGCGCCGCCGGUUUUGACGCUGGUCGGCGAGCCGUACGUCGAGGUGGUGGAGGGCGGCAGCUUUGCGGAUCCCGGCGCCUACAUGUACGACCCACUCGACGGUUUCAGCGCCGCCGCCGGCGUGCGCGUGACGGUGCGGCUGUGCAGCCGCCCGUCGGACGUGGCGUCGCUCAUGUACGCCCUCAACGCCGCCGCAGCCGCCGCCAGCGCCACUGCUGGCGCCAGCGGAAAUGCCACCACUGCCGCCGCCGUCUCCGUGGCCGCGGUUGCUGAGGCAGCGGCUCCGCCUCCGGCCGUCUUCUCCUGCCUCUCCAGCCCGGCGCUCUCGGCCGCAGCCAACGCCAACAGCUCGGCCAACGCGACUGCCACUAGCGGCUCGCUGACAGUUUUUGCGAGCGGUUUUACGUUGGACGCGUCAACCGCCAACGCCGCUUCGCAGAUGUACCUGCUGUCGUACAGCGCCGUCAACUCCCGCGGUGCCGCCGCCGUGCCGCGGCAUCGUGCGCUGGUGGUGCGAUCUCGCUGCAACGCCGCUGCCGGCGAGUUCUGGUGCCCUGCCUUGGGCGCCUGCUCCGUCGGCCGCGUCUGCAGCCCCAGCCUUGCCACCCUGGCCUUCGCCCUGGCCGCCGUGUCCUCCUCCACCUCUGCCUCCACCACCUCCUCCAUCGACGCCGCGGCCGCGGCGGCCGCCGCCGGCACCGCCGCCUCCGGUGGCUCGGCGCCGCUGGCGGUUCUGUCCACGCCCGACGGCGGUGUGGCGGUGGUGGGCGCGGACGGCUCCACGGUCUUCCUGGACCCGCUUGCCUACACCCGCACCUCCUUCGCCUCCGCGGACGCGCUCGUGGCCUUCGCCACCGACCCCAGCAACUACGGCGUGCUGGGCAACCUGCUGCUGUCCGCCACCGACCUCAGCGGCGGCGCCGCCGCCGCCGCCACCGCCGCCACUGCCGCCGCCGCCGGCUUCGUGUCUGCCGACCAGCCUACCUACAGCCGUGACACACUGCCGCCCGUGAUCUCGCUGCUGGGCUCGGGGAUGCCGGCGCUCACGGCGGAUGGCUCCGCGGUGAUGGUGGACACGGUGGAGGUCGGGACCGCUUGGGCCGACCCCGGCGCCGUGGCGCGCGACGCCACCGACGGCGACCUGACGGCGCUGCUGCAGACCUACGGCGCCGGCGCCGUGGACACCAGCCGCCCCACGCCGCCGGGCGCGGGCUUCUCGUUCCUGGUCGAGUACGCCGUCAGCGACCUGAGCGGCAACGCAGCGGAGCCCGCGCACCGCCUGAUCGUGGUGGCCUGCCCCGCCGGCCAGACUGCCUGCACGGACGCGGGCGGCCUGCCCGCCUGCGCCACGCCCGACGGCAUCUGCGGCGGCGACGCCAUCGCGCCCGCCGACGGCAUCACCGGUGCCACUGCCGACACCACGGACGCCGCUGCCGCCACUGCCGCCGCAUCGAGCUCCACCACGAACAACAUGACGGCGACGACGCUGCUGACGUCGGCGUCCCUGGCGCCGCCCUCGCUGCGCCUGAUCGGCAAGGCCGAGGUGACGGUGACGCAGGGCUCCAGCUUCGAGCGCUGCGCCGCCUCGCUGCUGCCCGCCACCGCCACCUGCGACGCCGGCGCCGCUGCCUGGGACGUGCGCGACGGCUCCCUGGACCUGCGCGUGACGGUGUGCGGCACGCCGCUGCGCGCCUCGCGCCCCGGCCAGGUGCUGCUGCCGCUGGCGCUGGCCUGCAGCGCCUCCACCGCCACCCCCGGCACCUACACGCUGACCUACGCCGUGGCCAACAGCGCCGGCCUGACCGCCUACGCCAGCCGGCGCCUGACAGUGCUGCCCGCCUGCCCGCCUGGCGAGCGCGUGUGCUCCGGCGGCGGCGCCACCGGCACCCCCGUGGUCUGCUCCACCGGCGGCGGCACCUGUGCUGGCGACCUGCUGGAGGGCACCUCGGCCCUGGCAGCCAACUUCUCUCUGUCCCUGGCCUCGGCCUCCGACGCCGCAUCGCCCGCCGCGCCCACGCUGCAGCUGCUCACCGGCGCGGCGGCGCCCGCGCUGGUGACGCUGCGCCGCGGCCGGCCCUACGCGCCCUGCGCGGCCGGCACCGACCUGUCCAUGCCUUCCACGCAGCCCUGCGAGCCCGGCGCCAUCGCCUGGACCACCGCGGCCGCCGCCACGGACGGCGCCUCCAACUUCACCACCGCCGCCAACCUGACCGACCGCGUGGUUGUGUGUCCGCCGCUGGCCUGCCUGCGAGCGCUGGCCGCCGCCUCCUCCUCCAACACCACCUUCGCGGCGCUGUCUGCCAACGCCACCGGCUGCUCCGCCGACCUGCUGCGCCGCCACACGCUGGCCGCCAAAGGGCUGGCGGGCUGCGGCAUCAACACGCUCGCGCCGCCCGGCGCAGUCUUCUACAUCGACUACUGGGUGUGGGACGACAGCCGGCCGCCGCUGAAUGCCACCGCGCGCCGCACCCUGGUCAUCACCGAGCCCUGCCCCGAGCCGGCCGCGCCCAACUUCUGCUCCGACGGCGACGGCGGCUUCCUGUGCUCGCCCACGCCCUGCGGCGACGCCACCGCCGUCUUCCUGCCGCCCCGCACCGACGGCCCCGCCAUCGCGCUGCUGCCCUCCGGCGGCAGCGGCGACGCCACCGCGGCGGCCGCUGGCGGCGGCGGCGGCAGCAUCGUGUACGUGGAGUUCGGCACAGUGCCGCCCGUGUACCUUGGCCCCUGCGCCUCCGGGAAUGACACGCGCGGCUGCGGCGCCACCGCCUCCGGCUACUCGCUGCCCCUGGCACCCGGCGGCGCCGUGACUGCCGCCGACCUCACGCCUUACCUGUCCGUGCUAGCCACCACGCCCUGCCCCGCCUCCGCCUCUGCCACCGAACCCUGCCUGGCCUGCAGCCUGGAGGCGCUGGCGGUGGCGGGCGCCUGCCUGCCCGGCGUCUACACCUUCCGCUACACCGUGUCGGACGAGCAGGGCCGCGUCGCCGCCGCCGACCGCACCGUAGUGGUGUACCAGCGCGCGCGCGUGGACGCCGUCAUGGCACUGCUGCCCAGCGGCCUGACCGACCCCACCGCCGCCGGCCAGCUGCUGACCCACCUGCGCAACACCUCCCACACCGACUACGCCGCCGCGCUCGCCAACGUGACCGCGCGCCUGACGCGCGCGGGCCUGGCCGUGCGCGCGUCCGACGUGGACAUCACGGCCGCCUCCGUUGAGCCCGCCUCGCCGCCGCCCACGGUGGCAGCGCCGGCCAGCCUGGUCGUGUCGGUUGCGGUUACGCUGUACAACCCGCCGGCGCUGCACCGCGGCGCGCAGGGCGUGGCGGAGCUGGCGGCGGCGGCGGGCAGCGCCAGCGGCACGCUGGCAGGCCGCCGCCGGCGUGACUUGCUGGGUCUGCUGCCGGACGGCGAUGCGGCGGGCGACGACGACAGCGUGGAAUGGGAGGGUGGAUUCAUGGACGGAAUCGAGAUCCCUGUGGACGUGUCGGACGUGAUGGCGGAGGUUUGGCGCGGCCUGGCGGUGCAGCGGCUUCGCGAGCUCCGCACCCAGUCACGGCCACUGCGCGCCCUCCUGGCUCUGACCACGUCGGGGCCCACCACCUCCUCCCCCAGCGCCUUCGCAACCCAGCAGCUGCAGCAGCAGGACGAGGGCCGGCGGCUGCUGCGCCUGGAGCUCAGCGAGACCGGCCUGACCGCCGGCGUGGCCGGGCCCGAGCUGGUGCUGCUGCCGUCAGGCGACUACGAGGCCGAGCAGGAGCAGGGGCGGGAGGACGAGGCGGAGCAGGAGGCCGCCGGCCGCGACGCCUCCGAGCGCCUGCUGGCCCGCACUGCCCGCAUGCUGCUGCAAGCCAACAGCACCACCUCCACCAACACAGCCACGACCUCCAACUCCUCCGCCAUCACCGCCAACCUGCUGUCCGCGAUGGCGGCCGCGGUGACGCUGUCGCUCAACGCCACCUCCUCCAGCGCCUCCAUGCCGGCCUCGCCCGACAUGCUCGCCGGCUACGCCGUCGCCGCCGCCUCGCUCGCCUCCGCGCUGGCCGCCUCGCUCACCGACGUGUCCAGCCAAUUGGCGGCGCUGCCCUCCGCCAUCAACACCACCUUUGGCGACGCCGCCGCCGCCUUUGAGGAGGAGCUGGCGGCGCGCGCGCAGGCGGCGCUGGCGGCGCUGCUGGGCGACAGCGGCGCCGCUACCAACGCCAGCCUGGUGGGUGCGGCGGAGGUGGAGCGGCUGCUGGACCUGCAGCUGGCGGCGGCGGCGGCGGCGAGCGCGGCCAUCGGCGAGCUGGGCGCUACCAUGACGCAGCUGGCGGCGGACACGCGCUCGCAGACGGACCGCGCGCUGUACGUGGCGGCGGCGGUGGCGGCGCAGCUGGCCAUGGCGGAGGAGGGCGACGCGGCGGACGAGCUGGCGCUCAUGGGCGCCGGCUGCUACCGCCUGCAGCAGGAAGGCUUCCGCACCUCCUUCACCGUCUCCCGCUUCGGCGGUGCCAGCACCGGCUCUAGCAGCAGCAGCGGCCGGCGGCUGUUGGCCUCCUCCGGCUCCUUCGGCUCCUCCAGUGCUGCCACUGCCGGCGCGGGCGGCAGCAGCAGCGGCGUCGUUGCAUGGCUGGGCUACUACCUCACCGGCGGCUCCGCCGCCGCCGCCUCCUCGGCGCUGCUGGCCGGCCUGUACGGCGGCGGCAACCUGGACUUUGGCGCCAGCCUCAGCUCCGCCGGCGCCCGCCCCCGCCACCUGGGCUCCGGCGCCGACAACCGCGUGGUGGGCGGCCUGAUGCUGCACACCACCCGCCGCGUGCUGCCCGUGCUCGUGCUGGGCGGCGACGGCGGCAGCGGAGCGGGUGUGGCAGCCGGCGGCGGCGCCUCAGGCCGCUGCAGCGGCAGCAGCAGGAGCAGCGAGUUCGCGGAGCUGGACGCCUCCUGCCACCUGUACGAGCUGGCGUACCUGCGCCAGAACGGCAAUAGCAGCGCCGGCAACGCCAGCGCCUCCGACGGCAGUAGUAGCAGCAGCAGCGGCAGUAGCGCCGCCACCACGGGCCUGGACUCGGGCGCGCUGGCGGCGCUCCGGCGUCUGUUCGGCUCCGCCAACAACUCGGUGGCGCCCUACGGCGUGGACCCCGUGUUCCUGCGCGCCUCGCCGCUGUACCGCGCCGACCUGGCAGCCAAGCAGGACUGGUACUACAACACCUCCGACCCCGGCCAGACCUCGGCCACCGGCGCGCCCUACGGCUUCCACGCGCGCGACCUGGCCGGCCGCCCCGCCGGCUUCCCGGUGCUGCUGGAGUCGGGCCUGGGCGCGGGCCGCGCCGCCGCGCUGCUGCGCUACCUGGCCGACGGCAACUACCUGGACCGGCGGCAGACGCAGGCCAUGACGGCGGAGCUGCUGGUCUAUAACCCGGGGCUGCACGCCUUUGCCUUCUACCGCGGCGAGUUCGACUGGACGCCCUCCGGCGCCAUCGCCGGCCGGCUGUCCGCUGUCGGCUUCCCAGCCAUGCCCUACGUGCGCCCCGGCGGCAGCCUGGCGCAGGCCAUGCCGCAGGUGUUCGCCAAGGAGCUACUGGCGCUGUGGCUGCUCACCGGCUUCUUCAUCGUGGUCACGGCCGUGGGCCUGGUUUCGGCGGCGCUGCGCGCCCGCCGCCACGCCACCGCCGCCGCCGCGGCGGCGGAUGAGGCGCUGAUCGCCGAGGCGGAGGCGCUGGGCCUGCCGAAGCCCGCCGCUGGCGACUUCCACGGCCUGCAGCAGGCGCCCGGCGCCGCCAAGGGCGGCCGGGCGCUGAAGCCGUCCAUGACCACGGUGCGCCGCGUGCUGGUCAAGGGCGGCGCGGGCGGCAUGACCAUGAAGAUGAGCCCGCACCAGCGCAUGCUGCGCGACGAGGAGAGCGCCGAGCGCGAGGAGCGGCUGGAGGCCAGCGGCGCCGCCGGGCUGUCGCUGCGCCGCGCCAUCUUCCGCGAGUUCGUGCGCCACGACGGCGGCCUGCUGUUCGACGUGGCCGUGUGCCUGCUGCUGCUGGUCGCCGCCGCCUACUGGACGGCGGUGGUGGACAACCACCUGGCCCUGUACGACGCCCAGGCCUACUACAACAUCUACGACGCGCAGGGCUCCGCCGCAGCCAACUGGCUGCUGCCGGUGCGCGCGCGCAACGCCACCCUCCUGCCCGCGCCCCUGGCCGCUGCUACCGCCUCCAACUCCUCCUCCAACGGCACUGAUGCCAGUGCUGACGGCAGCGAUGCCGCGGCGGCAACGCUGAGCGGCAACGCCGCGCUGCUGCUGACGCAGCUGGGCCUCACGGCGCCCGACACCGCCGGCGACCCCGGCCGCUGGAUGCUGCCGGCCGCUGACCCGGUGGCGGCGGGCGGCACCGACGAGUGGGACGCGUUCAACCAGGUGAUCAACAACGCACACGAGCUGGUUGACCUGUGGACCGGGUACGGCAUCAUCCAGGCCGUCGUCAUCAUCUUCCUCAUCGCCAAGCUGGUUGGCGUCCUCGAGUUCCAGGCCCGGCUGGGCAUCAUCUGCCGCUCGCUCAUGACCAUGGCCAACCCCAUCGCGCACCUGGUGAUCGUGCUGUCGGUGGUGGUGGUCAUGCUGGCCGCCGCCUCCAACCUGGUCAUGGGCACACGCGUGCCGGCCUUCUCCACCCUCACCGGCGCGCUGACCGACACCUUUGCCCUCAUCGUGGGCGUGGGCAUGCUGGACCUGUCCUACCUAUCCGACCCCUCGCUGCAGCUGAGCGCCGUGGAGCGCAGCGCCGCCGGCCUCAUCCUGGCCUUCCAGGUGCUGCUGCUCAUGUUCGUGCUGGUGUCCUUCUUCUUCGCGCUCAUGGGCCACAUCUUCAUGAAGCAGAAGCACAGCAUCGACUGGCAGGCCGCGCCCGGCGUGGGCGCCGACCUGGUUAACGUGGUGUUCCCGGACAUGGCGCGCAAGCUGAUGGACAUGAUGCCAGGCGCCAAGGAGCGGCGACGGCGGCGCGCCGCCGCCGCAGCCCUGGCCGCCGCCGCCGCGCGCGCCAAGCGCGCCGCCGCGCGGCCCGCCGCCGACGCCGGCGCGGCCGCGGCGUCCAUCAGCGCGGAGAGCGAGGACGCCGAGGCGGCGGCGGCUGCCGCCGCCGCCGGCGCGGGCUGCUGCGCGCCCGGCUGCAACGACCUGGCGGCGCCGCCCAACCGGGGGCUGCUGCGCACCCUGGCCGCCGGCGGCAUUGAUGAGCUCAUGUGCGCCGCCGACCUGCCCAAGACCUGGAACGGCCGCGUGCGCGCCACGCGCGUGGAGGGCGGCCGCCGCCUGCUGGACAAGGCCACCAUGCGCGGCCUGAUGCUGCAGGCCGCCUCCGCCAGCAACAAGUACCGCCUGCCCCCCGGCAAGGUCAUGAGCGAGGACGGCGCCGGCGGCGGCGACGGCGCCGAGCAUGACCCCGCCGAGCUGCUGAGCGUGGAGCAGCGCGGCCAGGCGCUGCUGGCGGCGCGGCGCGUGAUGGAGCGCGUGGGGCGCACCUACGGCUCCCAGACGCCCGAGUUUCAGGCGCUGGAGCGCGCGGCCGCGGAGGAGGCGGCGCGGCGCCGCCGUGACGAGCGGCUGCUGGACGGCGCCGACGCACUCAUGCGCGGCGCCUGCGGCGCCGACGACGACGAGGAGGGCGGCGGCGGCACGCCGGGCGAAGCGGCUUCGCCGCGCGGCCCGCUGCACCACAGCCUGAGCACCGAGAUCGCCAUCCACCUGUCCAUCUACGACGCGCUGAACGCGGCGGUGGACAGCAUCGUGCGCUGGCAGAGCGGCGUGCACCGCUGGCAGCUGCGCACCUGGAAGCAGAUGGCCUCCGCCUACCUGUUCAACCAGCAGCUCAUGGCGGGGCUGGGCGUGGCGCCGGGCCCGGCCUUCGUGGAGCGACCCGCCGCACUGCAGGACGAGAGCGGCGGCCCGGCGCCGGCGGCCCGCACUGGCUCGGCCAGCAACAUGGGCGCUGAGGCCGCCGCCGCCGCAGCCGCUGCGGCCGCGGAAGGCAGCUUCUCGGUGUUGCCGCCGUGGCUGCGCGUGAACUCGCCGGCCGCGGCCGGCCCGCCCAAGCGCGCGUCGUUUGUGGAGCACGCCAGCGGCGUGCUGUCGCCCUCGCAGCUGUCCAUGACGGAGGCGGCCCACCGCGCCCGCAGCACCACCGGCCCGGGUGGCUCGCACCUGGGCCCCAGCCCGCACCCCUACGCGCACCCGCACAACGCCGUGGCGCCCGCCUUCAUGCCCGCUGGCGCCGGCCCGCACGCCGCCACGGUCGCCGUGGCGCCUGCGCAGCAGCAGCAGCAGCAGCAGCAGCACGGCGCCGCGGCGCAGGAGGGCGGCCGCUGGGCCAGCUCCUCGCCGCACCCCUACGCGCACCCGCCGCCGCUGCCUCUGGGUGGCGGCUACACCAUGUCGCCGCCUGGCAGCGCCGGCACGGGCGCCGGCACGGCUCGGCACAUGCCGCUGCUGCUGGAGGAGAACAGCCAGAGCAGCUGGGGCGCCACAUCACCAAGCACCGUGGCGCCGCCGCAGCCGGAGGAGCAGCUGGGCGAGGCGGAGAUGGCGGCGGUCAUGGCGGCGUGGGCCACACCGCUGGCGGCACCGCUGGCGGCGCCGUGGCGGCCGCUGUCCACGGUCGCGUUCUCGCAGACGGCGGCCACGGCGGCCGCGGCGGCGGCGGUGGUGGUGGCGGCGAAGGACCAGCCGCCGGCGCCGCAGCCCAUGACCUGGGCAGCACCGGCGCCCGGCCGCAGCAGCCAGUCGGGUGUGGCGCCGACAAGCGCCGACGGCGCGGUCGUGGGCAUGUCGCCGCCGCCGCGCCGCCCGAGCACCACUGGCGGCGUGCGCACCAGCGGCAGCGGCAGCGCCGGCGGCAGCAGCCGCGGCAGCGGCGACGCCGACCGCACCACCGGUCAGCCCACCGCCGGCGGCGUGCGCAACACCCCGGUUUUCACGGGCAGCGUGACGAUGCCCCCCAUCCGCGGCGGCGCCGCAGUGGCUGCCGGCGCCGGCGUCGGCGGCAACGCCAGCGGAUGGCUGCGCGACCGGCCGUCGCCGCUGCGUGACACGCAGUCAGCUGAUGUGCAGGCGGUGCUGGCGGCAGCCGCGCGCCGCAUGCCGGCGCCGCCGCCUGCGGGCCCGGCCCGCGGAGCGCGCGGCUACAGCUAUAGCCACGCCAUCACGCCGGUGCCCGAGGAGCGGGUCGGCCUGGCCGCUGCUGGCAGUCCUGGUGGUGGCGCUGGUGCCGCUGGGCCCCUCGGCGACACCGCUGAGGUGGCCAAGCUGCGCACCGCCUCCGAGUUCAUCCCGCGCAGCGGCGGCAGCAUCGGCGGCGGCGGUGCCGGCGGCGCCUUCGCCGGCAUGAAGGAGCGGCUGGUGGGGCUGAUGCGGGGUCGCAGCCAGCUGGCCAGCCGCGACGGCAGCGCCAGCGGAGCCGACGCAAGCAGCGCCGGCAACUCGCCGACGGGCAUGGCGCGGCGUCAGGGCAGCGCGGGCGGGGCGGCGGCCGGCGGCGCCGGCCGCGUCAGUGCCGGCGGCAGUGCCGCCGACCGCAACAUGGUCUACAACAUGGCGUACACGCUGCCGCGGCAAAACGCUGAGGGCACCGACGCUUCGGCGUCGGAGGCCGAGGGCGGGCCGCAGUAAGGCGCGAUGCGACUGGAGGAGUGCGGGCGUUUUGCAAGCGCCGGGUUGUUGAUAGUAGAGGCAGGCGCGUGCGAAAGCUGUCCCUCCCUGCACAGCCGGGGUGAAGGGGCUGGCGAAGCCGAUGCCGAUGCCGCGCUGCCGCAUUUUAUGGUCUGUUGGUGAUGGCAUGAGAGCUGCGGAGUGGCGUUGGCGGCGAGGGAGGUGGAAGGCGAAUUAGAGUCAAGAGUUGAGACAAGUGACAUACGGUUGCAACGACGGGGCCUGUACAGACAAGUGUGUGCCGUGGCGGCCGUGAGUUGUGUGUGAGCAAUAACCUAUAUCCGAUAACGGAGACCGGCAGGCAUUUGGGGGCGCUGGAACAUGCGCGCGGACCCCAUCCACCGCUGUCUCAAGCUUGUGUGUGUGGCGUUGGCGUGUGACCUGUGUUUGCACGGUCAGGGCGAUAGUAGCAAGGACAUAGCAAACACCAGCGCUUGCGCCAUUUCUUUACCGUUUUUUACCGUCUUGUGACUCGUGGACAUACCGCACACCAUCGCUCGUCGUGAUGAUGCCCAUGCAAUGCCAUGGAUCUAUGGCGUUAAAGGUGCCGUUGGUCGCACCAGGUUUUUAUCGCGUUCGGUGAGGAUGAGGAAAUUGCACUCGUGGCGGGGUGCUGUGGUGGCGGCACGGCGGCGGGUGGCUUGGCGCAAUUGCGUAACGCGGAUGCGCGUGCGCGCGCGCCAGCAAGCAAGCAGUAUUAAUGUGUUUGCACCGUGUAUUAAUGUGUUUGCACCGUGGUCCGCAUGUGGCAGUGCGUACAGACUGGGUGGUCCCAGCAGGUAGGAAGUAUUGAGUUGUGAGGAGCGCGGCUUUGGCAGCUGAAAUGAUGGCUGCCCCGUGCCUCUGACCCGCCCGCCCAAGCAUUAUUGCGCUGUCAAGCAAACAAUAAAGUACCCGUACACGGGCUGACUUGAUGAUGGGAUCGGUGCGGGGUCUUCUCUGUGUGUGCUGCGGUAGCGCAUUACGGACUCAUAUGAGCCUUGUAACGCACUAAUCAC